UUGAACUUUCCACCUUGUCGAGAAUUGCUCUUAAAAUUGGACUGUCUUUUUGCUUUGAAACUGCUUGAUCGCACCACCGUAAAUUUGCUUUUCAGCUCGCAGCCGGCUGACCUUUUUCAACGUACCCAUCGAGGUUUUUCAAAACUGUAUCGCCUUUCUCUGACUAACGCGGAAAAUAUGCAUUUACUUCAUGUAAAGUCCCUUUAUGUUCUUCUGGUUACAUUGUGUGUAUUAUGGCACGUGGAGGUCGAUGCUGGCGACGGCUUACUUUUAACACGUGGAUGCUACGUAGACCGGAGUGGAAGUAGAGCUAUGCCUGAGCUCCUUGUGUCUUACAGAGGAAACGGCUUGGAUUGGUCAGACCUAGACAAUACAGUUAUUAUACCAUGCCGCGAGGAAGCAGAAAAGAGGAACUAUAAGUGCUUUGGCAUUCAGUUCUAUGGUGAAUGUUGGUCUGGCCCUAACGCGUGCGACACGUACGACAAAUAUGGCAAAUCGGAUGAGUGUUUCUGUUCAGUUGGUGGUUCCUCGGGCAAGAGCUAUCCGAGGUACGAUCCAGAACAUGAACAUUGUCUAGGGCCCGUCGGAGGGAGCCUGGCUAAUUUUGUUUACAAGAUAGACUAAGGAGUUCAUAACAAAGAAGCUAGUGCCAAUCUGAAAGGUCAGCAGUAACUACGUGGAUUUCCUCAAGAUGAAACGCCAGUUUGCUAGGUUUCCAAAUUUGUAAUUUAAGAUGUGGUUAUAACACCGAAAGAGAAAAAAGAAAAAAGGUACAAUUCUUGGAUGUAUCAGUGUAUCAGUGU